AUGACCGGUGAACCCGGUAAACGUCCGGUUACCGAGGAGGCGCCCAACGCGAUUUUGACCGAUCGCCGCCCCACACCCGCCCACGACAACGGGGCCGAGCCUGAAGCAUUUGAGCUCCAGCAAGUACAAACAUGCGAGGACAACGACGCAGACUACUCGGCCCCUUCUGCUUCGUCUGGCGAUGAGUACGAAGUACCCACGCCACACCCUGGACCUCGCCCUGGUCCCCUGCACGAUCACGAAGGGCAACGAGGCAUCUGGAGCCGGGUUUGUCGAUUCUGGAACCGACAUAUCAUCCUGACCGUUCCCCAGAAGAGCAAUCGCGAUCACUUUGCUCUGGAAAGAACCUUUCUUGCAUACAUUCGCACUUCAACGAUGAUUGCCAUGCAAGGGGUCCUCGUCGCCCAACUCUUCCGUCUGCAAGCACCAAAGAAUAAAGUCAACCACUUGUCCUUCAAUGAGGUUGGCGUUCCGCUCUCGGUGGCGUGUCACUGCGUGGCUGUCGUUGUCGCUCUGGUUGGGGCUUCCCGAUUCUGGAGGCAGCAGAGCGCGAUUUCUCGGGGAAAGGUGCAUGCGGGGGGAUGGGAGCUGAAUCUUGUGGGAAUCCUACUCUUCAUGGUCGUGGUGGUGACUUUGGUUCUGACAGUUGUCAUCUUAAUACAAACCAACAUGAGUCCCAGUGCGGUUCUCGACCGAAUAUUGACCUCAUGA